AUGUUUCACUUCUGCCUGGAGCAGCGCUUGGCUCAGGAAUAUCUGCUCAAUGAGCUAGUGAAUGGUCCACCCUAUGAGGGGGGUGCCAUUCUUAUCGCCAUGGUACAGGCAUCUUGGCUCUGGAGAAAGCUGCGUGGCAAGAGGCGGUUGGUGAUGGCAUUCUGCCUCUUAAUGGCUCUAUCUGUGGUGGCUGUCACCCGCUUCCCUCCACAGCACCCAGCCACCAGCCCAGACCCUGGUCCCGUGGAGCCCCAGCAGGUAACUGGUGCCCCUGUCCCCCAGAGCAGGCAGGCUCUGAGCUCCGGCUGGAGGCAGAGGGCAAGAAACCUGAGGUUCCGGAGAGGCUGGGCCUUGCCUAGGAGCUCCAUCCUGGUGUGUGCUGAGGAGCAAGGCCACGGAGGGAGCGUGGACAGCAGCAGGCAGUCCCCAGGCAUGGACAGCAGGCAUCCAGGGAGGGUCAAGAGGGGCAUUACUUUGGCACCUCCAGGAGAUUUGAGACUCAGUACCCGGCAUCUGGUGCUCCUGAGGGCGGAUGAGGUCAGGGGUCCAGGAACCAAAGACCUGGACCUCCCCUGGCACAGUGGUCCCCUCUGGCAGGCACAGAGUGAGACGGGCACCCCAGAUGGCCCCCUCGCAGGGCACAACAUGGCAGCAUUACAGACUUGGAGAACUACUGCUGGACCGACCCUCCGGCCUCAUCCAGCAGAAGGGGGUGAUCUACCAGGAGUGAGGAACAGAGCCUUGACUGGUGGACGACAAGCAGGGGCUCCCUCCCCGGCCACGGGGGCUCUUCAGUGGCCUGGCUCUGUUGGGGAGCUGCAAGGAUCUGUGUGGUGUGACGCUGAGACCCCCAGGCUGUCGAGUGGCUUGAGGACCAGCGAACAGGUGCCCCCGUGGCUCACAGAGCAGGAUGUACAGACCCUCCAGCUGCUGGCGCAGGGGCAGGUGGUGGGCAAAGCCAGGGUCCCUGGCCACGGACAGGUGCUGCAGGUUGGCUUCUCUGCCAAGGGUGCCCUUCAGGACCUGUCUCCGGGUCUCAGCCACCUCUGCUCCCAGGGGCUCUGUGGCCUGAUCAAGAGGCCUGGGGACCUGUCUGAGGUCCUGUCCUUCCACGUGGACCGCGUGCUGGGGCUGCGCCGGAGCCUACCUGCCGUGGCCAGGCGCUUCCACAGCCCCCUGCUGCCCUACCGCUACACGGAUGGUGGCGCAAGGCCAGUCAUCUGGUGGGCACCCGACGUGCAGCACCUGGGUGAUCCAGAUGAUGACCAGAACUCGCUGGCCUUGGGCUGGCUGCAGUACCAGGCCCUGCUGGCACGUGACUGCAGCCAGCCGGGCCAGGCCGCAUGCCUGGGCAUCCACCGCGCCGAGUGGGCACGCCUGGCACUCUUCGACUUCCUGCUGCAGGUCCAUGACCGCCUGGAUCGCUAUUGCUGCGGCUUCGAGCCUGAGCCCUCGGACCCCUGUGUGGAAGAGAGACUCCGAGAGAAAUGCCGGAACCCGGGGGAGCUGCGGCUUGUCCACAUCUUGGUCCGGAGCAGUGAUCUCUCUCAUCUGGUCUACAUCGAUAACGCCGGCAACCUUCAGCACCCGGAGCACAAGCUGAAUUUCCGGCUGCUGGAGGGCAUUGACGGGUUUCCUGAGUCUGUCGUGAAGAUUCUCGCAUCAGGGUGUCUACAGAAUAUGCUGCUCAAGUCACUGCAGACAGAUCCGGUGUUCUGGGAAAGCCAAGGUGGGCAACAGGGCCUACAGCGGGUCCUCCAGACCCUGGAGCGGCGAGGACAGGUCCUGCUGAGCCACAUCCAGACGCACAACCUGACACUCCUCAGGGACGAGGGCCCAUAA